UGAAACUAAAGAAGUAAAAGAGAAUCUGCAUGGGUAGGUAAGGCAUAAUCCAUGCAACAUUUUUUUUUUUGCUCUGUUUGCUUAAAACUCUUAAUUUUGUUUUGCAAACAUCAGUUUUCUAUGUCAUGGUUUAACAGGAUUUGAUACAGUAAAAACAAAAAAGCCUCUUCUGUGGAAUUUAGUUACAGAAUUCUCAUUAAGGUGUACAUGAUGAAUGAGAUGCCUGCUGAUAUGGUAGGAAGAUUUGAACAUGUGAAACUGAAGCACUUAAAGCAGGAAAAAGAGUACAGAGAGAUAGCAGAGAUGCAGAAUCUUCGUGCUGCAAAUGGGGGAACAAAGCAGUGCUGUGGGGAACACAGACGAAGACUGGAGUUAUUCUGUCAGGAAGACGAGGCCUUUGUCUGUGUCCUGUGUGUUCCUGGACAUUCCAGCCACAGUUUUAUGUUUCUGCAUGAGGCAGUCAGUGUAUAUAAGGACAAGCUGAAGGUGGCUUUAACAUCUUUAGAAUCCAAGGUGAAAGAUUUUAAACAUUUGCAAAACAAUAUGGAGAAAAAUAUACUAGACACACAAGAAGAGGCUUUUACUCUGGAGGAAUUCAUCAAACAUGAAUUUGCAAAACUGCACAAUUUCCUCCAAGAUAAGGAACAGAAACUCAUCCAACAGCUUAGGGAUGAUGAAGUAAACAUCCUGAAGGACAUGACAGAAAGUCUUGAUUGUGUUAAACAUGAGUUGGAGCUCAAGAAUGAAGAAACAGAAGUUCUGGAAUGGAUGAACGAAAAGUCUGAAUUCAUUAAAAAUGAUAUAGCAACUCAGAAGACAUUUGAGAGCAAUUUGAAUCUCAUACAACAAGAACCUCCCUGCUUACUUACGGUACCAGAAACCUUUGAAGAUGUUGCUGUUACUUUCUCAGAAGAUGAGUGGCAGAUGUUAAGAAAAGAAGAUAAAGACCUUUACCGGGAAGUGAUGGUGCAGAACUAUGAAACCCUGGUUUCAGUAGUUAAGUAUCAUUCAGCUUAAAAAGCAAUAUUGUUUUCUUGAUGGUUAAAAGUGUAUAUGCCAGCUAUACCAGGAGAAGUAGGGCAGUGGAUGUGUAACAUAUGUGGUAAAGAUAGCUGGAAUUUUCUUUAACCAAUUAUAUGUCAUUUGUAUAUCAAACUGAU